AUGGGGGGGUUGUCAAGCAGGGGGAGUACGUAGGAGAAGGUUGACACAGGAUGUGAGGGAUGCCUUGGGAAGGAUUAACGGUAGAGGGAGAGGUGGGACCUGUAGCAGGAAUGGAGGUGCGGCAACUGGAUGGGCAGAAGGUAGGAAGCUGCCAAGGGAAGGGAAGGGAGCACGAUGA